UAGGGCACUACGCACUGUGCGGCUCCGUCAGGAAGAAGCUUGCUUAGUUUCAAUGAAACGUCUUCUAUAGUUUUAACAGCACUGUUCAUGUCAAGGUAAAGAGGGGCAAGACUAUUACACUAAGAACAAAGGAAAGAACAUAGGAGCCAGAAAAAAGCAAGGUCGCGAAAGAAAAAAAAAACUUUUUUUCUUUUUUGCGAAUCAAAUUGACUUGCAUUAGAAAUGAACGUUGGAGAAGAAGGUAUUUUCCAUGGUUCUGAUGCGAGCAUGGAUGAACUGAAAUCAAUAAGCAAUGACGCGCUAAUUGAUCUAACACAGCGCUACGGUCAAUCUGCUUUCAGCUUCGGAGCUGGCCAUGGUGCUGGAAGUGCUGGGCGCUAUCCCGGAUCGGUAGGUGCUAAUUUCCUUACGAGUCAAACAGCAAAGUCUACGGAAAGCGGAGGUGAGCACACAAGCGACGAUGACGACGACAGGUUCGACCCGGUGGAUUCCAAAGGAGGCUCCGCAUUUGGCGAAGAUAAACGCAACAAAAAGCCCAAGGAACAGAGAUCACUCCGGCUGAAUAUAAACGCAAGAGAGCGAAGGAGAAUGCAUGAUCUAAACGACGCCUUGGACGGUCUUCGGUCAGUGAUCCCUUAUGCUCACAGUCCUUCUGUGAGAAAACUUUCCAAAAUUGCUACUUUGUUGUUGGCCAAGAACUACAUUUUAAUGCAGGCACAGGCUUUAGAGGAAAUGAGGAGGGUAGUGGCUUAUUUGAACCAGGGGCAGGCACUAACUUCUCCCAUUCCCGCAGCCUUGGCCCCUUUUGGACAAGCAGCCGUGUAUCCAUUCACCGGGACCGCUCUGGCCACCUGUGCCGACAAAUGUACUACUUACACCGGAGCACCUUCCAGUCUAUUCAAACACUGCGGCGAUAAACCUUGAUGCCGCUCGCCUAUACACACAUGCACCCAUCUGUCUGUCUUUCUACUUAUUUAUGUAAUUUUGUUGGGAAAGGACAUUAUCAUAAUACAUAAUCCUAAACUAUAUUUAAAUAACGGCUGAAACGUUUCAUCCAGAUUUAAAAGACGAUAAUAUAAGAUCUUUCUUUAGCAAAGACUAGAUCAGUUUAGGGAACGAGCAUUCAAAAACGCUGUUGACCUUAAAGAUAUCUCUGUCUCUUUUAAUUUAACUUAAAAAUCCUUUGCAUUCCUAUGUACUAAUAAAUCAAUUUUCAUGUAAUUUACAGAGUUACAUGCGAGAAUUAUAUUAAUGACAAUGCCUGUUUUUAUUAAGAUAUUAUUGUAAAAAAUAAGUCUUGGGAGAUUUGCCAUAAAUGAAAGUCUUAUACCAUUACAGAAUGUGUAAACGGUUUAACUGUGAACUAUGCAACAUCACUACAUCGUGUAGAUUAUCCGUGGAUGUGGAUCUAUUGAAAUUAGUGUUAAUACCCGUGCUCCAGGUGUCUGUUUCGGGGUUUUGCUACUAAAUGAAAUAUCAUUACAUAAAAUCAAAUGUAAAAGUUAUAUUAUGUAAGAUAUUAGAGAUGUAUUGAAAAUGUUGUCUUUGUUAUUGAAUAAAUCACUCGAUUGUACUGUAUAUCUGUGCGAUACUGCUACGAAUCAAAGAUUUUGAUUAUAAGGUCUUGAUUUUAAAAGUUGUGUUCGCUUGUGCUGCAAACAUUGAAUUUCAUAUAUUGUUUAUAUGUCUUUAUAAUAAAACAAAAA